AUGUCUGGACUCAGCCAUAACGAAACCUCUCAUGGUCUCACGAACGCCUCGCUUGCCAGUAUAUUGGCCGAGGCCUUCAGUCGACUAGCAACGCAAAGUUCUCAUUCACUUCCACCAUCAACUCAGGCCUCCCCACAGAAUCAAGCUGCACCUCCAUCCAAUGAACAGCAUCUUGUCAACCAAGGCUUGCAGGCCGACAUACAGGGAAUCAAACGCCUUCUCGAGAUCUCUUCCCAACAAGCCAAGCCCAAAGGCACCAAUCGCCCCCCACCGCGCCCUCACGUCAAGAUCUCGCUCUGCGACACGGAUAUCGGGAUCUACAGUAAGAAGACUCCCGCCGAAAUCGUAGGGUUUCUGAAAGACGGAGCCGCGUAUCCUUGGUCUUGUAUUACUGCCGCCCAAGUCAAGGGAAAAGUGCUCCAUGUCUACACGAACAACGACACUGCGGACAAAUGCCUGCGGAACUGGCAAGACCCCCUCCAAUCACGUGGCUUCAAUAUGGGGACCCAUAUCAUAUCCGAUAGGUAUUUCAUCUGGGUCAAGGAUCCACCCGGCCUCGAACCAUACACGCCCAUCUCUGACGAGUAUCUUGCGCUCAUCAGCGCCGAGAACGGCAUACACAUUGGGUCCGCUCGCUGGACGUGGAAGAAGUUAGUGCUGAGCUUUUCUUGUCUACGGUCUGCUCAGAAGCUGCGUAAACAAGGUUACAUCAAGAUGGACUUUACCCAGCCAGAAUGCCAGUAA